AUGGCCAAAAAAUAUGUCCACGCGCCUCUGCGCACCCCACAAACCAUCCGAAUACUAAACCUCCAAGGCGACAGUAAUCCCGCAUCUCCAAUCCAGCUCAGCCUUGUGCAGUACGAAUUGUCAAACCUUCCUGACUUCGAAGCGUUUUCCUAUACUUGGGAUGGUCAAACGGCGACUUGCACAGUACUCUGCGAAGAACGUGAUCUCAUGGUCACGUCGAACUGCGAGGCAAUCUUACGCGAGUUUCGCCCAAAAGAAGAACUUGCGACUCGAGCUGUCUGGAUCGAUGCAAUUUGCAUCGAUCAGAGUACAGAUGCCAUGGCCGAGCGGAGCUUUCAGAUCCCGCUGAUGGGGCAGAUAUAUCGACGAGCUGGGAGGGUGCUCGGGUGGCUUGGGGCUGCGGGCGAACGGGGCGGGAAUCUGGGUACUUUUGAGAGCUUGGCGAAAUUGACGAGACUAUGGGAUGCACAAGUCCGGCAGAUUUACUGGAAGUUGUUCCUAAGUGUCCCUUGGUUCACGCGUCUGUGGGUUUUACAAGAAGUUGCACUCAGCAAGAAGGCUGUCAUCUUCUGUGGCUCAACAUCUGUCACUUUCCAGGACGUGCCCCGGGUUCAGGCUUUGCUGGGAGCUCAAGGACUCCCAACUACCCAUGCGGCGUUACUCGACGCACUCGUCGUGGGCUUUGACUCGCGCAUCUCUGCCCUGGAAAGUCUGGAGACGGCAGAUCGGAAUGUAAGCGUGACUGUCGAACUUAUGCGGCAUGCACGGUGGUCGAAAACGACUGAGGCAAAGGACAAGGUCUUUGCGCUUUACGGAUUGCUCGAGGCAUAUGGUUUGCUUCUACCGCAGCCCGACUAUUUGAUGUCACUUGGGGGCAUUUUUGGACAAACUGCAAGAGCACUGAUUACUUAUACUCGCAAGUUGGAGAUUGUUCAUCAGGUGCAUGACACUGCCAUAUCCUACGCCCCCAAUGGCAACGAUGAAGCCGUCGAAGACUUCUUCCCAGCAAUUUCCACACUCAACGAGGAUCUCAGGCGCGCAGUUCAUCAUCUAUACAACAUUCGAGCGCUUCGAGAAAUCAUAAGUUUCGCACUGCACAAGCAUCCACCUUCUCUCUCGCUCGUUCAGACACACGCCCUCCAAGCCUGCCUACUCAGCCGUACGCCCAUCCGAUUCUCAUACGAACCAUCCACCUUCUCCCUCUGGCUCAAUCUCCUGCACAGCUCCGAACGCCCGUCGUCGUCCCCUCCACCACCUCCCUCAGCAAGCACAUUCCCGAAAAACUGGAUGCACGCCGUCCUCACACAAAUCUCCUCCUCCAUCGCUCUAUCCCCGCUGCUCGCCACCCCCGAACACACUUUCUUCCAACGCAUCGCGCUUGACCCCGCACUCAUGGAAUUGCACGACCACAUAUCAGGAUACAUUUCGCACCAAACGCUUUUCAAAACGCGGAGUGGGAGGCUGGGCAUGGCGCCGAGGUCUGUGGCGUGCGGUGAUCAGAUUGCGAGGUUGGCUGGCUUGCAGUAUCCGAUGGUCGUGAGGGCGAGCGAUGGUGGGUGCUGGAGGCUUGUUGCGCCUGCGUUUGUGUGUGGGGUGGGUGGUGAGGUGGGAACCGGGAAUGACGGGGAGGAGAGGGGGUUUGUCAUCAGUUAG